AUGGAUGAUGAUAGAGAAGAUCAAAAAAGAGUGUCACCCAUAAUGGACGAAUUAAUCGAAAAAAAGUGGGAAGAAGAACGAAGACAACGAAAUACAACGAUGACGGAUGGAUGGAGGUACUGUGGAUCUCUGGGUUAUGUAUUGUUGCUAUUGUAUAAUAACAAAAAUCGCCGUGUACCUGCAGAUAAUUGA